GAGUUGGGGUCAUUGUGCAUGCUUCAGUAAAUCCCACUGAUAUAAGAACUCACCAGCACACCACUGGACAGCAAACAUCUGUCUGUAUGUAAACACACUAUAAUCAGAUUAAAGCAGUCCCUGACAUUACAUGUACAGAGUACAUGUAUUCUGUUGACUGAGAAGAUAUUCACAAAUUUACUAAUUCAUCUCGAAAUUUCUUUCCAAGUUUUUGUGCUCAACUUGAAGGCACAGAGUUAUCACUAUGGCAACCAAGUCCAAGGAAGAUCUGCAAUCUGCGGCCAGAAAGCGUAUCAGCUUGACUGUCAUCGCUGGCAUCGCAGCCGUCUACAUUGCAUGGAUCUACGCCCCCAUUCAGGUUCCACUGAAGCCCAGUCUGGUCGACCGACUGGUCUUCACACUGCGUUGGCUGGCACUGUCGGUCAUACCAAUUAUCAUUGGAAUAAGGCUUGUCGGAAAUGUACGAUUUGACAACAUCGAUAAAGCUGGGGUUGUGACAACCACACCAUAUGCUGAAGAGCUUGUUCGUCUGAGACAGCGUGCUCUCCAGAACACCUUGGAGCAAACCGCACUCCAUGUACCCAUCAUGCUCAUCUUCAGUACAUAUCUGGAUUUGCCCUACCUAAAACUGGUCCCCAUCAUCAUCUGUCUAUUUGUCUUUGGCCGGAUCAUUUACUACAUUGGCUACGUAUUCACUGGUGACCAAUUCAACCGUGGAUAUGGUUUCGCACUGACCUUCUUUUCCAGUAUGAUCCCACUGGUCUACUGUCUCUAUCGCUUGGUCAUGGGCGGGGCUAACUACGGGCUAUCUGGGGCUUAGAAUUUGUCACGUCCAAAGUUAGACAUGUACAUGUGUACAUGUAUGAAUGCCAAAGAUUAGUUGAAUGCCAUCGGUAUUUUGGGCCAGACAUGGCCAGGGGCGAGACUGGAGGAAGACUGCUCACAUGUAUUCACGAUAUGAUAAGCAGUGGGUCUAAUGGCCAUACAGCAGAGUAUGGACUAUAAUACUAGCAUUACUGCUUGCCUGAAGGCACCGCCUUACACAUCCAUUUCUUGUAUUCUAUAUCAAGUUUUAGGUAAAAAACUAAUGGUAAUCUCAGUUUCCAGAAAUUAAAAGGCGUUUUACCUUAGCACUUAAAAGUUUCUAAGUGUCCACUAACCAGAUCGAGCUUGCAGUUAACCAGGCCCAUAUAUAAUAAUUACCCCUCACCUUCCUAGGAAAAAAAAUUACCUGGACAGGCUUGAGUAAACCUUUCGUACAUUGACUGUCAUUUGAUCUAAAUAACAAAACACGUCCUCUGGGAGGGUGCUCCACGCAGGCCCUCUAUACAAGUAACUACAUGUACAUGUAGACUGUCAAAAACGUUUGACAGUCAGAUUCUUUGGCCGUCAAACAUGGUUGUCACAUCUUUUGCUUGUCAAACCCACCCAUUUAAAAACUUUGGCUGUUAAAUACAAACUAUGUAAAAAAUUGCAAGUCUGGCUACAUUCUUUCUCGAGAGAGUCAAAGGAGGAGUCAAUGUUCUUUAAACUCCAGUUUCUAGGACUAGAAGAAAACACAUGUACAUUGUACAUCUACACAUGCUCAAAAUUUAGGCUUUUCAGGAUUCAGGACUGUUAAGGUUGACGUACCUAUAAUCCCCCAGGGUGUGUGAAGAUAUGAAAUUUGCAGCUUUGUGUGCAAAUUUCUAGUCAAGUAUGCUAUUCUGGCAUGUACUUGAUUGAACUUUUCUGUUCCAUGCCUCUGUUAUUUUAAUUUCUUUUGAAAUUCCCUGGUAGGUACAUGUACAGCCAGGGGGUCAAGGUUCCCUCACUGACCUGCAGGUAGAGGCUUUGUCUCUAGUCUAAGGUCUUGUAUUUAUUGACAAUCCUGCCCAGAGGAUAAGCAUAAUUGUACACAGCAGUGGCAAACAGCACACUUUGUUACUUGUGUAUACAUGUAGGGUACCAGUACAUGCUAAAGUCCACUAGAAGUUGGAGACAGUAAUAGUCAGGUGUCCCAGGAGCACUGAGUUCUAAUGCUAUCAAUUUUAAACCAUUAAGGUAAGCUACACUAAUGCUCUUUCCACAUGCAUUUAUGCAUGUUAAAACUGUUAAUGAUUAUGUACAUGUAAUAGUGGAACUUGGGAAAUAUUCAGCCAUUCGACUGCGAAUCAGCAAAUUUGGGAAUUUCAACUGAACAUAAGACUGUACAGUAUGCAUGGUUUGCUUUACAAAGGAAUUGUCAGAGAUUUCUAGCCACACAGGCCUGUUUCUUGCUUGGGGGGGAAGGGACACUCUAAAAAAUUAAAAAUAAAAUACAAAGAAACUAGAAAAAGACAAAUUAAAUCACAGCAAUGUAAACUGCAUUGCUGACUGAGCCUUAAACAGAUUAUGACAAUUUCUACCAUACUACUAGGCUUUAUUCAUUUUCACAAAGAUUUCCCCAAUUUUGGUAGCAAAGAACUGAUUAAAACAAUUUAAAGAGAACAAUAA